UGAGAAUGUUAAAGCGGGAAGCAUGAUGAUGGGUGCAUACCCACACAUUUAUUGGACUCCAUGUGCCGCUCAUUGCAUCAACUUGAUGUUUGGUGACAUAUUCAAGUUUUUAAGAAGGCCAUCAGAAUCCAUUCUUACAUUAGUCAAAGGCCAUUGUUGUUAAACUUGAUGAGAAAAUUCACCAAGGAAAGAAAUUUGGUGAAACCGGCCAAGACAAGAUUUGCAACGGCCUUCUUAACUUUGAGAGCUAUGUACAUACAAAGAAAAAACUUGAGAACUUUAGUCCUCUCAACCGAAUGGACUUCAAGUAAAUUUGCAAAGGAAACUUUGGGGAAAGAAGUUGCCAAUCUUAUUAUUUCUGCCCACUUUUGGGAUGAUGUUGUUCGAGCACUUACAGUUUGUGGUCCUUUGACAAAAGUGCUUCGUUUGGUGGAUGGGGAGAAAAAACCACCAAUGGGCUAUAUUUAUGAAGCAAUGGAUAGAGCCAAAGAAACUAUUGAACGGGGUUUUCGUGGAAUUAAGAAGCAAUAUGAGAAAGUGUUUGAAAUUAUUGAUGCAAGGUGGUCAGACCAACUCCAUCGGCCUUUGCAUGCUGCAGGCCAUGUUUUGAACCCAGGAUUGUAUUAUAAAGCUCAAGAAGAGGGAACUUUACUACAGAGUCUGUGGACCGAGUAUUAUGCAUGUGUUGAGAAGAUGAUCCCCGAUACAACAAUACAAGAUUUACUAGUCGCUGAGCUUCCUAGGUACAAAAUGGCGAAUGGACUAUUUGGUUGUGGUCCGGCUAAAAGAGCUAGAGACACAAGGUCACCGGUGGAAUGGUGGUCACUAUUUGGUAGUGAAACACCAAACUUGCAAAAGUUUGCCAUGAAAGUAUUAAGCCUAACUUGUAGCUCAUCCGGAUGUGAGCGAAAUUGGAGUGUGUUUGAACACAUUCAUUCCAAGAAGAGGAAUAGGCUUGCACUAUCGCGUCUCAAUGAUCUAGUGUACAUUAAGUACAAUAGAACAUUGAAACGUCGUUAUGAUGCUCGUGAUCUCAUUGAUCCAAUUCGCUUGGAUAACAUUGAUGAUUCAAAUGAAUGGUUAGUUGGAUGCCCCGAAGAUCAAGAAGAUGAACUAGUAUAUGAGGAUGAUGAUCUUACUUGGGGUAGUGUUGCUACGGCAAUUGGAGCUGAUGAGAGUAUCUAUCAUCUUAGGGGACUUUCUUCAAGAUCAAGAGCACUUGACAAGGGCAAAGGAGUAGAAACUUCAUCUACAAGUUCAACUUCAAGUAGGACUCGGACACUAAUUGAUGAAGACUACGAGGAGGAAGAAGAUGAGGAGCAAUAUAAUGAUGUAGAGGAUGUUGAUCUUCAAGAGUUGGAUAGUUUUGAAGAAGAAUAGACUUUUAGAGUUCUAGUAUUAUCUUUUGAAUUAUUGGGUCUUUAAAGUUCUAGACUUUUAGUAUCUACUUUUUGUUUUUGAAUUGAAAUAUUUGCUAAUAUAUGUUAUUGCUAUUGAGAUUUUGGAUAUUUAUAUAUGCAAUUAAAUAUUUUUAAUUUUUGGUAUUAAUUGGCGCCUUGAUUCAAAAAGGCGAUCGCCUCGCCGCUCGCCUCGCCGCGUGGCGAGGCAGGCCCUUGUCGCCUUUUGUCGCCUCUCGCCGUCCAAAACACUG